AUGCUAACUGUUACUUUAAAUAAGUAUAUGCUAACUGUUACUUUAAAUAAGUAUAUGCUAACUGUCAUUUUAAAUAAGUAUGUGCUAACUGUUACUUUAAAUAAGUAUGUGCUAACUGUUACUUUAAAUAAGUAUAUGCUAACUGUUACUUUAAAUAAGUAUAUGCUAACUGUUAUUUUAAAUAAGUAUGUGCUAACUGUUACUUUAAAUAAGUAUGUGCUAACUGUUACUUUAAAUAAGUAUAUGCUAACUGUUACUUUAAAUAAGUAUAUGCUAACCGUUGCUUUAAAUAAGUAUGUGCUAACUGUUACUUUAAAUAAGUAUAUGCUAACUGUUACUUUAAAUAAGUAUAUGCUAACUGUUACUUUAAAUAAGUAUGUGCUAACUGUUACUUUAAAUAAGUAUGUGCUGUUAUUUUAA